AUGGUUAUGGCACCUUCGGUUCUUGCUGUUGAUGAUAUCUAUACCACUAGUAAUUAUCAUCCACAUACGAAAGAUCCGACACUUGUGACCCCGUACAGCACCGAUCAUGGCGUGAAGCCUAUUUGUCUGCCUCGGGGCCAAGUGGCUCCGAAAGAGAUGAUUCUCGAGCAAUUGAGACUGCGUGUGGCCAGGGUGGAUGCUGCCUGCUGCGAGCCCGGCGAGGAGGAUGCCUUUUAUGUGGCCGACAUGGGCGAAAUCUACCGCCAGCACAUGCGCUGGAAAAUGAACCUGAGUCGCGUCAAGCCUUUCUACGCCGUCAAGUGCAACCCCGACCCAGAGAUCCUUCGUCUCAUGGCCAAGCUUGGAAAUGGCUUCGAUUGUGCGUCCAAGGCCGAGAUUGACUUGGCUCUGCAGGCCGGCGUCGAUCCAAGUCGGAUCAUCUACGCCCAGCCAUGCAAAACCAGGUCGUAUCUGAGAUAUGCUGCUCAGAAAGGCGUCAAGCAAAUGACAUUCGACAACGCCGACGAGCUAUACAAAAUCAAAACCGACUUCCCCGAAGCCGAGCUGUACCUGCGUAUUUUGACCGAUGACUCUUCCAGCAUGUGCCGCCUGAGUAUGAAAUUCGGCGCAUCUGUCGACAGUGCUCGCUACCUUCUUGACCUUGCAAAACAGCUUGAGCUGAAGGUAGUUGGCGUGAGCUUUCACGUUGGCUCCGGGGCUGAAGAUCCGGCAACGUUCAUCAAGGCUGUACAAGACGCUCGGUGGGUGUUUGACCAAGCUGCCGAAGUCGGUUAUGAACUCCACACCCUUGAUGUUGGCGGUGGUUUCUGCGAUGACACUUUCGAGCGAUUUGCAGCCAUCUUGGGCAAGGCCGUCGACGACUGUUUCCCUCCGCAUAUUCGUAUCAUCGCGGAGCCUGGUCGCUACUACGUUGCCCAGGCCUUCACUCUGGCUGCACAUGUCAUUGCGCGUCGCGAUGUCCGCGACCCGCAGGAUCCUGCGCGCGAUGCUUACAUGUUGUAUCUGAAUGACGGGGUCUAUGGCAAUUUCUCCAACAUCAUUUUCGACCACCAACAUCCAGUCGCGCAGAUCUUGACUAGCGCCGCCAACGGGCUGGAAUCUGCUGGCUCUUCCACUGGCAGUUCGCCUACCGAUGGCAUUGAAUACAGCAUUUGGGGGCCGACCUGCGACGGAAUUGAUGUCAUCAGCAACCGCAUUACUUUGCCAGGCUUGGUUGAUGUUGGAGACUGGCUUUACUUUGAAAAUAUGGGUGCAUACACUCGCUGCAGUGCUACCCGUUUCAACGGGUUCUCCGAUAACCACGAUGUUAUAUACAUUUCCAGCGAGCCCGGAGCGUCUGCGCUGCUCGAAUAUUGA